AUGGCGCGGGGUCUCGGCAGGGGCGCGGCGAGCAGCGACGGGUAUCGGCAGGGGCGCGGCCUGGUCGGUCGCGCUGCGGCUGGACUGCAGUCAGCGGCGCUGCAGGCGGCGCCUCCCCCGGCAGCAGGCGCCCCCUCCCGGCGGGGUGUGGCCUUGGCGUCCGCGGGGUGUGGCCUCGGAGUCCGGGGGUUACGGCCUCGGCGCCGGGAGGAGGUGUGGCUUCCCGGCGGAGGUGUGGCCUCGGCGCCGGGGGGCGGGGUGCCACCUGCGGCGAGGACAGCCACCAACUCCCCGCCCAGAGUACGAAGCGGGUACGCGACUGAAUCAGCGGCCCCCACGUGGGCCCCGACUUUGUGCCCAACACCGCUGGCGGCUGUGCUGACGGUCUCAUUCAAGGCUCGCAGCAACCCCGGGAGAGGGGUGUCCCCCGCUGGGGUUCCCAUCCUACGGAGGCGAACAGCGGGCCUCGGAAAGGAGAGGUUGGGUGACCCAGUGUCGCACCAGCGGUCGCGGACAACUCAGGGAGUCCCAGGCCUCAGGACCGGUUGUAAUCGCACGCUGCACAUCACACACAGGGGGUCGGGGCUUGCGAUUGAAAAUACAUCCUCGCAGGUGUCUGACCUCUGCUUGCCUGCAAACCUGAGAAGACACGAAGUGGAACGUGACCCCUUUACCGGCGUCUCCUGGGACUUCCGGUCAGAUCCACUGCUCAUUUCCCUUGUUCAUUUGGCUUCCCCUGCAAAGAUUCUGCUUCUCUCUGUCUGCUCAUCCUGUACCCUGUAAGAGAGAAGCCCUCUCUGUAUGCUGGUGAGAUGCAUGUUUCUGACAUUGGAAACGUCUUGCUAUUGCAAUAGUCUUUCUCUCCGAUUCGAGUCUUACCUAAGUCCGGAUGUGCUUUCGUCUGAAAUCUCCAGGUCCUCUUUGCAAGUACCACUCCUGCCCACCUGUUCUGCUUUUGCAGCCUUGGAUGAAAUGGGAGACAUUGACAUUGGCUUCUAGCUCAUGGGUUUUCUGAAACCGCCAUAACUGAGAACAGAGAGACGAGACAGCUCUUCUUGGGACCUGUUAACUGGUUUCACUGUCCGAUGUCCAUGGCGCGCACCAGAUUUCUUCUGGGCCUUGGGUAUUUUUGGGAAAAUGUGUCCACCUGGCCAGUGUGAUGGAGCUCACACAUCUCUGGCCAGUCUCCCGGAGGCCAACUUGGCCCUGAAGCACGUGCCCUGUACCUGCCCACCCACAUGUGGCUGACACUGGUCCCAGGUCCACUAUGCAACAUAGGAAGGGACAGACCAGCCCCACAGGCAACUUCCUGUCACCCCAGCCGCUGUCCACCAGCCUCCCAGGGCCUGGGCACACAGGACUCCACUCACAGAGGACCUUCGCUGUCCCAAGGGACUCGAAUUUGUUUUCAAAUGCACGCAGUGAUUACCAAGGACAUGGAAUGGAUUUUAAAACCUGAAUAAAUUGUUCUUGAUACUUCUGGAGCC